UGCGAUCUUUCAUUUGAUUUGACGUUGCUUUUCUUGUUCCAGUGUUUUUCUCAUUCUGCACUCGCAUAUCUAAUUUUAUCUUUGUAGAAAUGGAUUAUCAGUAUCAUAAUGUUCAACUACAGUUUUGAUUCGAAUUGAUUCAUUUUAGUUGUAUAAGGUUUAUCACCACGAUACCUUUUUGUCCCAAACCUUUGCUCGAAAUUUGAUAGCUUCCAUUUGUGUUUUUUGUAAUGUAAGUCGUGUUAUCUUCCUUCAUAUUUGAAUGUCUCCUUAGAGCUUCAAGAAAUUUCGAGUCAGCUUCUCAAUCAUCUCCCGAAAUGAAUCUGAAUCAAGCAAAUCCAUUUGGAAAUGGAUUAUUGUACGCUGGUUUUAAUCAAGACAGAGGUUGUUUUGCCUGUGGCAUGGAAGAUGGUUUUAGGGUGUAUAAUUGCGAUCCACUCAAAGAGAAAGAACGACAAGAUUUUCCAGAUGGCGGACUCAGCUGUGUAGAAAUGUUGUUUCGAUGCAACUAUCUGGCUUUAGUUGGUGGUGGAGUCCAUCCUAAAUACCCUUUAAACAAAGUUAUGGUAUGGGAUGACUUGAAGAAGCAAGCUGUGAUUUCUCUUGAAUUUAAUGCUCCUGUCAAAGGUGUACGGCUGCGGAGAGACCGCAUUGUCGUUAUUCUUGAAGGCGUCAUCAAGGUCUACACUUUCACACAGUCGCCACAGCAACUUCAUGUUUUUGAGACACAUCCUAAUCCCAAAGGUUUAUGCGUUCUAUGCCCCAACAGUAAUAAUUCACUAUUAGCAUUCCCUGGUCGUAAAACUGGAAGUGUUCAACUUGUAGAUCUAGCUGACACAGAAAGAGCCCCAGUAGAUAUUAUUGCGCAUGAAGCUCAUCUAGGAUGUAUUGCACUUAACUUACAAGGCACAAGACUGGCAACUGCUUCAGAAAAGGGAACAUUAAUUAGAGUUUUCGAUACAGCAACUGGGUCUAAACUGAAUGAACUGCGGCGAGGCAUUAACCCUGCACAGAUAUUUUGCAUUAAUUUUAAUAAUGAUUCAACAUUCUUGUGUGUUUCAAGUAAUCAUGGCACAGUUCAUAUCUUCUCAAUACAGGAUCAAAAUUUGAAUAAACAAUCAAGUUUAGCAUCAACUCCCUUCCUGCCAAAGUAUUUCAAUUCAAACUGGAGUUUUUGCAAGUUUCAAAUUCCUGGUGGUCCUCAAAGUAUUUGUGCAUUUGGUUCUGAUGCCAAUUCAAUUAUUGUUGUUUGUGCUGAUGGAGGCUAUUACAAGUUCAUGUUCAACAUGAAAGGCCUAUGCUGGAGAGAUGUGUAUGCUCAGUUCCUUGAAAUCACUGAUGAAAAUGCGCCGAUUCGCUCUUAGGGAGAAAGAAGUUAUCUCUCGUGAAGGUAACUUAAUAUUUCUCAAACUUUGUAAGCAGGUCGUUCUCUUAAAUUUGAAGUAAUUUACCUAGGAACUAUGGAGGAAUUUGAGAUGAUCCCUAGAUUCCUUGAAAUACCAAAGAAAAACUGUAAAAAUGUCCAAAUUGUUUUUAAAUUUAGUUGAUCCUCUUCCUUUUGAAUAUGAAAAUAUCUUGUGUUCUGUUUAGCCUGAAGCAAAAUCUGCCUGGAAGGUUGCACAAUUCGUUUCAAAAGUUCAAGUAUUUUGUGAUGCACGAGGGAAAGGGGGGGGGGGAUUUAGAAGCCUUAAUGAAGAACUCACAUUUAAAAAAAGAAAAGAAAAAAUUGUGCAAUUCUCUGGACAAGAAAAAGACUAAUAGGCUAUUGAAAAGCUGUUUAAAAUCAGGAGAAGUUUUUUCCAGUUGGCGUUAUUUAAGUCUUACCGGGGGAGGGGGGGGGGCUGUGUUAAAUUUAUCUUAUACCUUGGUGUUUAACAGAGGUAGGAAGGGGGGUUGGAAGGGAUGGAAAAACUGGAGGAAAAAACUAAUUACAUAACAUUUGAUCGUCUUAAUAAUGGAAGACUCAAAAAAGCUGUUUGAUGAAUAAUUUGUGUGGACAAAAUAAUUUGUCAUAUAGCUGUGGCACUCAAAGUGUUAAAUGUUCUACUCCUCUAGGUCAUGAGUAUAAGUCUCCGUGCAUGGCAAUUUGUAAAUUUCUGAUUGGUCAGCACUGAGUCUAGUCUUUAAAAUUCCAUAUAAUGGUUAGUUUCAGAACUUUUUAGCCCAAAGUGAAUGAAACCUACUGCAUAACCUCUUGUAAGGAAAAUUUAUAUCAAUGUUUUACGGAAUGCCUCAGGUUCCUUUUAUAUCUUUCAUAACAGACCCAACUUUUGUCUCACUUGGUGCAAAAGUGAUAUGAGAGCAUAGAAACAGCUCCGCUAGAAAGCUAUCUUUAAAAAUGAGGGCCAGUUCAAAUUUACUCCCCUUUUUCUGCCUUGUUUCUUCUUCUUUGUUCAAAAUCCAUCAAAAUUUACAAAAAUUGUAAUGCUGCAUAAUACAUUACAGGGAACCAAAAGGAAAUACUAAGAACUAAAUAAAAUACAUGUGAAUUGUGAAAAUUUAAUGAGGUCUUCUUUAACCUUCCAACUUUUGAUUAGAGUAAAAAUUAAACAUCUUGUACCAACUUGUUGAAGUCUUCCAAAGAUCGUGAAGAAUGAAUAAUUCCACAACAACAGCAGAAUGUUGCAAGACAUUCGUGGCCUUUUAUUCUAUUUAUCUUUUCAACUCCAGAAGGUUUCCAUGAAAAUUUGAAGCACGCACACUUCAAGAUUACAAGAUCAUGUUUCAGUCUUUUCAUUAAUACGCUAGCUUCCCAUCUUAAAAACUGCCCCGAGUUCCUUGNGGGGGGGGGGGGGGGGGGGGAUCACAAAUUAAACUUGAACUGAAGACAGCUUCUGACAACAAUCUUUAGCCACUUUUGUGAUCGUAGCAUUCAAAUAAAUUAUUAUUCUACAAACUUUUCUCUUCAAAAUUCUUCAGCACAGCUUAAAAUUUUGCCUUUUCUCUGCAAAAUUUUCCUCAAGACUAAAUAUUUGGAUACUUUCAUACUGAGAGGCACUUUCUUUUUUUCCUGACCAUAUUAUCAUACAAAAAUCUUUGAAGAGUGGAAUUGGUGUAGGAGUUUGAAAAGUUUGAAUAAUCCAGAGACUAAAUAACAAAUUUAAAAAGCCUUUAAAGCAAAGAAACUUAUGAGGAUGUAUAUAUUUUGUACUUUUAUACUCAAAUGUAAAAAAAGAUUGCUCUCUUUAAAAUAAAAUAAUUUUAGCGUUGCCAAGAGUCAGAAAGUUAUUCAGUCAGACAUACCCUCUUUGACAAACCUUUAGCAAAAUCAAUGCUCACUAUAGCUAUACUGCCGUGCUUAGGAAGAACACUGUAUGAGCCAUCAGACAUUGCCUUUUGUCUGAUAAAACGCGGAUUUUCAAGGAAAUUCGUGAAUAUUUUGCUUUCAAUUAUUCAUAGAAUUUUAUUCGCGCUUUUAUCUGAAACAGGUAUCAGAAAAUUUCAAGUUGAAAUAUUUAUAACUUUUUUCUGCAAUAAACAUUUUAUUGAAAGAAAUUUGACAAUGUCUGAGUGUUCAUAUGGCAUUUGUCAGAAAAAGGUUCAGAUCCAUGAAAACCGGAUGAAAUAUCAAGGGGAAUAGACAAAUGGGGUUGAAAAAUAAGGAAAUUCCUGACAGCGUUUUUCCUGUGAUGAUUGCAACUUCUCCUCGAAAAUUUUUUACACACAGUGUACUUAAUGUUGUAGAUUUGCACAUAAAAUCAUUAUGUAACCGGUUUUAAUAUUAUAGUAAUAUUUGUUUGUCAAAAUUUCACUUCAGAAAAAUGACCAAGAUGGGGAUGAGAAAUAUUUAGACUCUGAAUUCUAACGACUGGCUUUUCUUUGAGGGAUUAGAACCAAAAUCUUAUAUUAUUAUCAUCUUAUCACACUUAAUUACGUUUAUAUUUCGGAUUCCGACUCAAGUGAUCAAUGAAGAAAUCCUUUCGCUUUCAGGCUCUGAAGAACUUUUUGUUGAAUGAUUCGGUUUUUUCAUUUUUCCGCCAAGAAAAACCCCUCCACAUCAUCUUACUUUUGGAGAUGAUCAUCUUUCAACUUUGCUCAGGCUUACCGUCUUACCUCAGCCCUCACUAGGAAGACAAAGUCAAAAACCCUAUACUCUCCUCCGGGAAAAUUCAUAGUCAAGUUUUAUCUAUCUUGUAGUACCGCUACAUCAGGAAAUAUUCAUCACUCAUCAUUCUUUUCCAUAUCUUAAAAUGAAACUCAUAUUUUGUCCAUUGCUACUAGUUGGGUGAGUCACCUUUUAGGUCAAGAGCAUCUGCUCAUGAAGAACUUGGAGAUUAUUAAAACUUAGAUCGUGCAACUAUUCCUGUCUAUAAUGAAUAUACUAAUACUUGAGUGCUGUAGAAUAUUGAUCAAGCCUAAUGCAAAUUAUCACAUACUUUUUGGCAAUAAUAUAAUCUUUAUUACUUAACUUUUUUCCGCCCUACACCUGACAGUUUAGAACCUCAUUAAACCCCGGCUUGUAUCUCAGCCCUAAACCGGCAGGUUUGGAAUGCAAAAAAGUUAGGUAAAGCCAAUUUACUCGCCUAUUUCACCUAUAUUUUUGAUAGAAACCCAUUUCUUCCAUGUAAGAAGCAAAAAGGAUUGCAAAAUUUCUUGUGUCAACCUGUUGUAUUUGGUGAUAUCUUUUGAUUGUAUUAAGACAUGGUCAAUAAUGAGAGCUGCCAGUCUGUUUGCAAUGUCACUGAAAUUAUGAUGUAUUUGAUAUUUUUCAUGGUCUCAACUGUGGGUUUUUUUUUAUGGAAAUAAUUUUCUGACUUGAAAUCUUGUGAUUUAAUCAAUUCUAGCUGAGCCUUGCCAAGUUUAGUAAUUGGCGGUUUCAUUUUAUUCCUUUUUCCAAGUUUUAUAAUCAUCUUAUACAUGUAAGAUUUAAUUUGUCCUUUUGUUUGUGUUGCAAGAAGUUGACAUGCCAAUAACUCAUAGAAAUAUGUGAAGUAGUGGUACAGAAUAAUGAUAUAAGUGAUCUGCUAGCCUAGAAUCAUUUGUAUUCCUAUUUCUACUUGCAUUUCGAUUUUUCGUAUUGAAGAUUUCUUUCCUCUAUGUGCAUAAUGUAUCCUAAGAGCUCUAAGUUUAGAAAAUCACCUUCUCAAGUACUGUCAAAAUGUAAAAAUAGAUUUUACCUUUACCCUGCAUAAGAAUACACUGUGAAAGCGAUUGGUUCUCCUGAGGAGUUGAGAAUUUAGUCAUCAUGUACAAGUUUUUAAAAGUAAUUUUAAAAAAUAGUUAUAGUGAGUAAUGUCAGUGGGAAGGUAUGUGCAGAUGAAAUAGAAAAAUACUGACCCAUCCUAAAUAAAGGAGCAUUCAACAGAAGAUGGAAAUGAAGGAAUCAUGAUCUGAUACAAGCACAAACAUUGCUAAUUACAGAUAGAUCAUAUACAUCAGCAUUGAUUCAGCUUAGUCCCGCAUCAUUAGCAAAAGUAACCAACAAUAUUAGACCGUGCUCAUGCUGCUCAUACUUGAAGAGCAAAAUAGUACUGAUUACAUACAUGUAAGAACCAAUGAAAUUAUGAUAUCUCAGCCAUUGCUAUGAAACCGAAAAAAUUUAAUGAAUUUAUACUUACCAACAAUUUGAAAGAUUUCAAAUUUUCUAUUGAAGUUUCCUUCUUUUAUACUUCGUUUCUAGUUUUGUUACUUGGUUACAUUUUUUAGGCCAAUCCAAUCUUUUUAAUGAAAAUGAGCAUUGUUUGAAAAACAUCAUUUCCUCUCUACAGUUUUGAAGCAAAUUUUUGACUGUUCCAAAUACUCAGGGAAGUAGCUGCUUUCCUUUAACAUAAUACCUAAUGUGAAAUUCACUGAAUGUAACGUUUAUCUUGGGUUUUUAUUUGUUUUCAAGGCGGCCAAGUUCUUCUAACUUAUUGGUUCCAUUAAUAUAGCAACCUGUGCUCAAUUAUACACAGUAUCUAGAAUCAUACAUUAAUCUUGUAACUCCAGUUCCCAAAAAGGCUGGAAAAACUUCCAUUUAAGAUAAAAAUCUAGUCUGGUAACCAGCAAAAAUAAUUGGAAACCAAAAUCAGAAAUUAUUGCAUGCUCUUUAUUAAGAGGCUUUUUUCCUAUCUCUUUUGUCUGACAAUUUACAAAAAAAGGAGGAAAAAAAAAUAACAGUUGAAUAUAAUGUCAGAGAACACAUUAUUUUUUUUCUCUGGCUGUUCAAAUACGCCCAUAAAAGGAUUCAGGAGAAGAACGCAAGGAAUAAAAUCGUUUUAACUGGAAUUUUUUUUGUAUCCUGAAAAAACAUGUGUAAAAAACAACUCAACAUUGUAAAAUGAUCUCUCUCUUUUUUUUGCAGUAGCCAUGAGGCCAUUGAAAAUUAAUUUUUCUCAAAUUUUAUCAUAACUUCCUGCAUAAUAUACGAAUAUUUUCGAAAUAAAUUUUCAGGUUUUAAACUUGUCAACUUUUAAGAUGCAUUCUUUCACAACUAGGAAAUGUCCAGUUUAGCAUAUUCUUAUUUUUCUAGGGGCUCGAUCACUAAAGAAUUGUUUUGUAUUUGUUGGCUCUACCCUCAAAGAAUCUUUUCUUGUUGGUACUAAUUUCUCUCAAAUCUAAUAAGUGAUUGAUUCUACACCCAUGCUAGUUUUCAAAAGAGCAGGAGUGUCUAAUUUUUCAUCAUGUGCAUCCUUGACGAAUCUUGGAAAAUUCGUUCAAACUAGGAAAAAAUCAGCAGAGAAAA